AUGGGUAAAAAAAAUUCAAAGACAAAAACUUUAGAAGAAUCAAAAAUAACUCCACUUUUACAAUGGAAUUCAACGCCAGAUUCCUCCUUUUUCCAAUUCGUAGCACAUCCGACUAAACCUAUCCUGUAUUUUGGUCUAUCUAGCGGACACAUCUUCUCUUACAAAUACGAUUUAAACCAUCUAUCUCCCGCCUCCAAAAACCCAUCUAGCUCACCUCACGGCUACCCGGAGGUAAAUAUAGGCGAAACAAUCCCCGGUUUGCAAAUCUUGUGGAAGACAAAGAGACACAAAUCUAGUUUACAUGGACUAACUAUAAAUUCCAAUGGCCGGUAUUUGUUCUCUGUAGGUAACGACAACAUCAUUAAGAAAGCAGAUUCCCUGACUGGCCAGGUGAUCAAGAAAGGAAAACUGCCUGAGGAUUGGCAACCAUCCACUAAGAUAACAGUCACGGAUGAUGUCUUGAUCCUUGGCAACGAAAUAGGUGAUGUUCUUGUCCUAGAUCCAACCAGUUUACAUCUUAAGAAUAGGAUUAAUAAGAUCCAUUUCGGCGACCCAAUCAACGAUAUUUUCCAGUUUGUCAAUAGAUCCAAAUAUAAAUUCAUCUCUCUGGGUCAAACCACGUUAGCAUAUUGGGAUACACACAACAAGGACAAAGAAAAGAUAAUGCUGAGUGACGAUCAGGAAGAUGAGAUCCUUUGUGGUUGUUUUGUGGAUAACGAAGAGAGUAACCUGAAAGGCGAGACUCUGGUAUGUGGGAUGGGUGAAGGUAUUCUAACUGUUUGGAAACCCAAAAUAAACGACUUGGAAGACCAAAUGUCACGGAUCAAAGUAUGCCCGAAGGAAAGUAUCGACUGCAUUAUUUCCACUCUACAAGACGACAAUUGUGUUUGGUGUGGUUGUUCUAAUGGGAAAUUAUAUAAAGUCAACAUUAAAAGCAAUAGAAUUAUAGAGAUUAGAAAUCAUGAUUCAGAUUGUAUGGACGAAGUAAGCAUGAUAGACUUAGAUCAUGAAUAUAGAGUAAUUAGUGGUGGCAUGGAUUCCAUAAAGUUAUGGCCGGAAGUAACUGACACAGAAAAAGAAGAGGAAGAAGGAGAAGAAGAAUCAGGUAGUGACAUCGACUCAUUCUCAGAUAGUAGUGAUAGUAGCAUUGAUGAUAAUAGUGAUAUAGAUGACAGUGAUACCGAUAACGGUUCUUCGAAUGAAGAAGAAACUUUGGUUGGUUUGUCCAAGGAGGAAUUAUUAGCAGAAUUAGAUAAAGAUUUAAAAAAUGUUAGUGACAGUGAGGAAUUAGAGAAGAACGAAGAUAUAAACUUGAAUAACGAUAAUAUAUCAAGUAAACGUAGACGCAAGGACAAAACGAAGGAAACGAAGAACAAAAGACAAAAGAAAUCACAAUAUCCCAAAAAGAAUAAUCAAGGUAACAACAAUCAUGGCAUUCUUAAGUUCGAGGGAUUGUAA